AGGAAAAAGAGUAAGCAUAUAGGAAGCACCUACUAUGUGCCAGGCACUAAGUGCCGUACAGGACCCUCAUUUUACAGCCGAGGAAACUGAGGCAGGCAGAAGGGAGGUGACGUGCUCAGUGUCAUAGUCAAUGAGGGUCUGAUCUGGAUUCGAACUCAGGGCUUCUUGAGUGCAGCUGUCCCUCAAAGGCUGAGUCUUUCCAUCCAGCUCUCCCUUACCCUGCGGCCGUGCCCCUCCCUCUUCCCCCACCCCUCAGCCCAGGGAGGGCCCUUCCUACGGGUCCAAGGGCCCCGCCCCCUCAGCAUUUCCCCCGAUGCCCCCUCGCUGUUGGGAAGCAGGACAGGGCAGGCUGGAGGACUGUCAUCCUUCUCUAUGAGAUGCAAAAUGACUGUCAGACCUCUCCUUGCCUCCCUCCCAUUUCUCAGAUGAGACAGCUUGAGGCCCCGAGGUCAGAGAGAGGCACCAGAUGGGGGAUGACCACCCGGUCUGGGAAGCCUGAAGGCUGAGGCGCAAAAGGGGGUGGGGAAGAUUAUUGGGUUGGACUUGGCAGCACUGGCAGCCCGGAGGCCAACUGGAGCCGCACCCCGGGCUCGAUCUUUGGGAUCUUGGGAUUAGGCUUGAGAGUUAAAACAGGAAGCCAAUUCCCUCGCUUUACAGAGGGGUGACGCAACUCCCAAGAUCGCCCAGGCAGGAAGGGAAGAGCUGGAAUUUGAACGAGGUCCCUCUUGCCCUGCCCCCCACAGGAACUCUCUACCCCAGGACCUGGGGGGGGGGGCGGGGGCUGGGGAGGGCAGGUAGCCGCUGUCCCAGGUCCCAACCUUUGACUGCCACCAGCCUGGGCUCCCAGCUUUCUUUCCCACCCCCACCCCCAGGUCUCUGUCCUUGACUCUGGCCCUUGGCCCCUGCUCACAGCGGGCAUCCCCCAUGCCAGGGCUCUGGGGUCUCCUCAGAAAUCACAGCAAAGGACCGAAGGGGGCGGGGAGCGAGGGAUGGAGCCUGAUGGAGAAGAGGCAUCUGUGGAGGGGUCUUGGCAAAGGGAAGACAAAGGACCAAGGGAAGUCAGAGGCCGGGGAGCUCUGAGUGAUGGAGAAGCAGGAGCGGGGCGCAGUCUUCUCAGGAGUCAGGUCAGGAGUGCUGGUGCCCAGCCAGUGGGCCGGGCUGAGCCAGCCAUACUUAGGGGAACUCCUCCCUGAGGUCAUGAGGAACACAAAGCCCAUGCAGGUCACUGAUCUGAACACCGCCCCUCCCCCCCAGCAGCUUGUCUACAGAAGACCUCCAGGCCCUCAGCCCGGAGCUCCCUAGAAGGCUCUUCCCCCCAUUUCUCUCCGUUCUCCCCUCUGGGAUCCAGCAGAACAAAUUGAGCUUCUUUCUCUCACUCCUGGUGAGGCCUUAUCACUGGAGAGGAGGAAGAAGGGAGGUGUGAGGACAAGGAGAGGGAGGAAGGAAGGAGGAGGAACAGAGGAACAGGCCACUGGCCUCUCCCCAGGGCCCGCCUCCGGGCAGCAUCCAGCCCAGCCCCACCAGGGGCCUGCAUUUAUCCCCUGGGCACCUGUGGGCCCUGCCCUGAGACUCAAAGGAGGAGGAAGAGCCAGGGAGGGUGGCAGUGCCCCAGCUCUGGGGAGCCCAAAGAGCGGGACGGCCUCAGGGUUGAAGGUGCAGGGCUUUGGAGGCCCUGGCUUGGCAGAACCCGGGUUCAUGGCCCUCCUGAAGCUCUCUGUGCUGGCCUUCAGUUUUGUCUUUGGAGCAGCCGGCCUGACGAUGCUGACCCUCGGGCUGUGGGCUGAGAUGGCGCUGGGAAGGUACCUGGCCCUGUCGGCCCGCGGAGCCCCCAGCGCCCCCUCCCUCCUGCUUGCGGCCGGGGCGGCCGGGCUGCUCUGGGGCGGUCUGGCAGGCGGCGGGGCGGCCAGUGAGCAUCGGGGCCUGCUCCGGGCAUCUGCGGCCAUCCAGCUGACCGCCCUGGGAGCUGGCCUGGCUGCCGGCCUUUCGGGACUGUGCUACCAGAGUGAGCUGGCCCAGGGCUUCCGCGCAGGCCUGUGGCAGGCCCUGUGGGGCUACGGGGCCGGAGGGCGGGGAGAUGCCAGUCUGGAUGCCCUGCAGCGGGGCCUGGGCUGCUGUGGGGUGGACACAUACCGGGACUGGCUGGACUCCCCCUGGGCCCGGAGUCCCCCGGCCCGGGGGAACGGCUCACUGCCCCCCAGUUGCUGCCGAGGCCAGGCCGACUGCCAGGAGGGGGCCGGGGCCGUGGCUCCGGACGGCUGCUUCUCCAAAGCCAGCGACUUUGUGGCAGACAACAUGGCCUUCAUCGCAGUGGCUGCCCUGGGGCUGGGGGCCCUGCAGGUGGUAGGGGUCGUACUGGCCUGUCUUCUGGCGGCCCGAAUGGUCCCUGGGGCCCGGACCCCUGCGGAGACCCCAAUCCCCGAUGUGUCUGCUGCUGCCCCUGAGCCCUGAGGCCCCUUGCCCCACUCCCCCCUCCCUGCCAGACUUCCAGGCCGGGGCCUGUCCCCUUUACAGACUCUGCUCACCCCGGAAAUAGCCUCAUCCGGUGGAGUCCUCACAGCACUGCCCUGAACCUAGCUGGUGUUUCCCUGGCCCUCCUCUGUGCCCUUCCUGCCCCAGACCCCGAGGGACAGUGGGCUGAGCAUCCUACUGAGCCCGGCCCCCCAGGCCAGCCACCCUCAGCAGGCCACGGCCCCAGCUCUGGUUCUUGGUGAGGGGCUGUGGGUUUAAGGAAGGUAGGAUUUGUGGCAAGAGGCCAGACCUGGGAGCAAAGAGAGGGCAGGAGCCCAAGAGCACAGGGCCGUGGCAGGGUCAGGUGGAGAAAGGGGAGGGCAGGGCUCCACAAACGGGGGAAGUCUUUGCUGUCCUUGGAGCCUCCCCUUUUCUGACUGGCUGCGGACUCUCCAGAUCCCCAACUUCCUCCCCUCCUCCCAGGUCCGAAUUUACAGGCCUGGGGGGAAGGGACAGCCGAGAGGGUGGGGGCUCUAAGCUACGUCCACAAAACCUCCAAACCCACAGGUCCCUGUUGCCCUUCCUGUUCUGCCCCCCUCACACCAGCACAGGGGAGGGGGCUCGGCCUGAGGCCAAGGUCAGCUGCCCCCCACCCCACCUCAAGGCUUGAGCUCUGCCCUCCCCUGGGUAUGCGAUGUGAGGGUACCCCAAGGUCUCUUCCCCAGCCCUGGCAGCUCCCCUCUUCUCCCUGCUCCACAGGGCCCAGUUCACUGCAGACCCAGGAGGAAACAUUGAGAGUCUUCCAGGCAGAAGCCCCAGAAAGAACCCUCUUUGCAGUGUCUCCAUCAUCCAGCAGCUGUGUGCCCAGGGGGCCGUGAAGUCCCUUUCCUCUGGUGGACCAGGCAGAGGGGCCACACUUGCCUGCUCUCCUUUAGUCCUCCCCCCUUAGUGUCCAUGUGUAAGCUCCUGUUCAAUGGCCAGCUCCCCCUCAGCCCUGGGGAUGGGGGCAGCUCCCCCUCAGCCCUGGGGAUUGGGGGGCCAGGCCCUCUGAAAGCACAGGGAGGCGGAAAGGGCUUGUGAGGGGUGGCCAGCUGGAAGGCCUAUGUUCCCUAUUUCCUGGUUCUCAUGAAUGCAGGCUACCUCUCUUCUGAUUUUACGGGAUUACGGGCCUCAGAGGUCUUGGCAUCUCAGCACCUUGCUGCACAGAUGGGGGGCAGGAGACUUUAGUAGUAAAGGCGGAUUUUGAACCCAUGUCCUCUGCCUCCAACGUUCUUGCUCUUUCCAAUAAGGCAGGUGCCUACUGCCCGCUGCAGGCUCGUGAUGACGCUGGCUGUUCUCUACCCCUCUUCCCUCACACCUGGACUUUAUUCUUUCCUUCUGAGCAGAAGUCUGGCCUAAGCUGGGAGUGUUCCCCCACUUCCCCGUCCACCCCAGUCCUCAGCCAUUAGGUUCGGGAACCUCUUGAGGGCUGGCCUCGCCUCCCUUUUCUGCAGGGGCUCCUCUGAGCCAUCUCCAUCCCCUGACUUCAUUUGGGUCAAUGCUUCAGCCUCUGCCUCAGUUUCCCCUUCUAUAAAA